AUGACGGCUCAACGUAUCCAGCGAUGGGCUAUUACGCUCAUGGGGUACCAAUUUCAAAUAAAAUAUCGCAAAACAACAAAUCACGCAAACGCUGACGCAUUAUCGAGAUUACCAUCGGGUCCAGAUGAAGACUUCGACAAUGGUGAAAUUAACCAAGUUGUCGCUAUACAAACUCCAAUUGAUAUUGAGGUCAUACGGCAAAGCACCAACAGCGACAAAAUACUACGAAGAGUUAAAGAAUAUAUUCAGAAAGGAUGGCCGCAUAAGUUGUGUCCAAACGACCAGGAUCUCCGGCCAUAUUUCAAUCGUAAGUUGUCCUUGAUUACUCAAAAUGACUUGAUUUUAUUACAGAGUGAUGUCACACGGGUUACUAUUCCAUACUCAUUACGUGAUCAAGUUUUGCGUCAGCUUCAUGAUGGACAUUGGGGUGUGGUAAAAAUGAAACAACUAGCACGACAACAUUGUUGGUGGGAUGGCAUCGAUAAUGAUAUAGCGAGAAUAGCAGCUGGAUGCGAAAACUGCAAACUAGCGGGUUCAAGUGAUCUGCGGGAAUAUUCAAGCUGGCCUGAACCACAAGCACCUUGGCAGAGGGUUCACAUUGAUUUUGCUGGUCCGGUAUUUGGUUCUAUGUGGCUUCUGUGCAUAGACGCGUUCUCGCAAUUUCCAUUUGUUUACAAACUAGCAAAUACAACGACGGAAUCAACGAUUUUCGCAUUAACUACCCUUUUUGCUAGUGAGGGUUUGCCAGAAACUAUAGUAAGUGACAAUGGCCCACAACUUACGGCCGAUGCGUUCAAAACAUUCUGUCACCAAAAUGCUAUUAAGCACAUCACGAUUGCACCGUUUCACCCACCUUCUAAUGGACUGGCUGAAAGAUUUGUGCGUACUUUUAAAACAGCCGUAAAAAAGAACAUAGAUGACGGCUUGCAAGUAAAUGAAUCGGUUCUAAAAUUUCUUUCAUCUUAUCGCACUAUGCCAAAAGCAAAAGGCAUAUCACCAGCACAUCUUUUACAUGGUCGUCCUGCACGUACUCUCUUUUCGCAAAUGUUUUCAGUGGAAAAUGACAAAAAUGACUUUAAACAAACUUCAACCAAAUUUUCAUCUAACGAAAGUGUCUAUAUUCGCAACUAUGGCCGCGGAGAAAAAUGGUUAAAAGGGGUCGUGGACAGACAUCUUGGAAAAGUCAUGUACGUAGUAAGAACUAGUAUGGGCUACUUUAAACGACAUCAAAAUCAAAUGAAAUCUCGCCAUCUUAACGACGCCAAACCAGUUGAAGACAGCAGAGGAGGACCUAAUUCAGUUACCAAUAUAUUGCUACCUGAUACUAUGGUGGAUACUGCUAAUGAGCAGUCUCAGGAACAACCAAGAAGUCCACUAGAAGUGCGUCGAAGUGGCCGUAUUCGUAGAUCGGUACACCGCUACCAAGCUGAAGAUUUUCGUAAUUAA